CAAAACCCCACUCAUUCCCAUAAAGCAACAUACCCAACUCUGCAACUCAUUCGGUUCUUUGUUUCAAUUCCACCAUGACGCGUCCCAUUUUUUUGCUUGGACUUCUAAUAGUAGCAUACUUUAGUGGGUUUCAUGCUGAAAAUGCCUUCUCAAAGUAUUGGGAAGAACAUAUAAUUAAUCUUUCAGACCCUCCACAUUGGCUAGUUGCAAAGGCUUCACCAUUAAACCUCCACCAGGCAGCAUUUUAUAUGAAACUCAUGGAGGAAAAUGAAUUGGCUUCCCAUUUGCGUUCGUUCUGUAAGCUUGCUAAUAUUGUUUGUUCUACCAAUGUGUUACUGAAGAAGACAAUGGACGACACAACCUUGCCACCAAUUGCUCAGUGGAAUGCUAUCAAAGUUGUUUAUGAAGACACUCCAAAAGAAAUACCCAUGUCUGUCACCAACCAAGGGGGAUUGCCAUUUUUCCGGGAGUCAAUGGUAAAAGAAGGAGAUUUUAUGGCAGUCCCUGAUCUAAGGGACCCAAUGUCAUAUAGAUCAUUCUUCCCGCAACCUCUAGCAUCAAAAGUUCCAUUUUCAUUAGCCCAGAUUGAGGGAUUGAAGAAAAUGUUUGGUGUGGUGGAUGAAUCAAACAUGGAUCAGUUUAUUCAAGACACCCUUAAGAUAUGUGAGGAAAGACCCAUUCGAGACGACCGAAGCACCUGUGCGACUUCCGGUGAAGAUCUCAUUGAUUUUAUCAUCAAGCAAUUAGGGCACAAUGUAUGCAUAUGGAGUACUGAGAGUAUUGAAGGAUCUUAUGAGAAUGUCACAAUCGGAGCUGUGGAACUCAUAUAUGGAAAUAUGUCUGAACCACCAGCAUUAUGUCAUAGUCUUCCAUUCCCAUUUCAAGUCUAUUAUUGCCAUGUUUUACAGAAAGUGAAAGUAUUUGUAGUUGAUAUACAUGUUCAGAAGAAAGUGAAUCAUGCAAUUAUGGUAUGUCACUAUGACACAUCAACUUGGAAUCCAAACCACAUUGCAUUUAAGCUUUUGGGUUUUGGCCCUGGCCUAAUAGAAAUUUGUCAUUGGAUAAAUGAGAAUGGAUUGGUCUGGACAAAGAGUCUAGCUUGAGCAACAUUGAAGAUCUGAUUAUCUUCUGAUUGUCUUAUAUGUAUUACAUGUUACUGAAUUUUCUAUUUGAAUAUAACGACUUAUUUUGGCUUA